AGCAAAGUGCUUGAAUUAUCACAAUACACAAUCGCGAAGACACGCUCGCUGUCGACCACGUACUGUAACGUCAGCCAGUAUGCAAGACUUUAUCAGUUGACCAUUGAAGGAACCUAUCAAUGCACUGAAGAGGAUGGCAGCAUCAGAUACAAUUGUUAAAAAGACUGUUGAUGUAAAAGAUGAAAAUGAUCCGGUGUCUGAUGAGAAAACCUCCUUGAGAACUGCAGCAUCUGAGGACCCUGAAACUGACCAAGGUGGCAGUGCUAGUACAGAAAGUGAAAUGAUUACGUCUGUUGCUGAGAGUAAGGAAAAGGAGGCAGAAAAUACUUACACAGAAGAGGAACUUAAAAAAGAUGAGAAAACAGUUGAAAUUCAGGAAUCAAACAAUGAACCUUCCCCUGCACCUGAAGAGGACAAAAAAGUUUCUUCUGAUGAACAUAAAGAACAAGAUAUCAAAGAGUCUGAAUCCUGUUCAGCCACUGUGACAGAAACAGAAAAGAGCUCAAAUGAUCAAAAUUCUCAGCAAAGCAAGUCAUUGAUAGACAAUACUGAAACAAGUAGUAAACAACAGGAUGAACUACCAUCAAAACAAGAGGAUGGUAAUUGUUCAAAAUCACAGAAAGUAACUUCACAGGAUUCUCAGGAAGAGACAUCACUUAGUUCACAGGAAAUGUCCUCACCAAAUACACAAACAGCACCAUCCAAUAACGAGGAAGUGAUACCACAAAAUGAAACAUCAUCUGUAAUACUGACACAGAAAGUAGGUGCUGAAGACGAAACAUCUGCAAAUGUGACGGAGGUGAAAGAGGAGAUUAAGUCAAUAGAACCACAGAAACAGGAAGAAGAAAGCAUUGUGGUUCAAGACGAACCUUGCACAGAAAAGGAAAAUGACAGUUCAAAAGAGAAAGAUAUUAUAGAAAAUGACAGUUCAAAAGAGAAAGAUAUAAUAGAAGAGGAAUCAGAAUCAAAAACAUUAGAUACUGAAAAUGAAAACAAACAGGACAAUGAAACGAAAGCUACAAAUGGUGAAACCUCAGCUGUUGGGACUGAAAAACAAACAGCAUCUGGAACACAAACAGUAGGGAUUGGAGAGAAAAGUGAUGAUGAAACAAAAAAUUCAAAGAAAAGUGAUAUUUCACAGGAGGAGAUAAAAUCUCAGAGGCCAAGUAGAGGACAAAGGUCUACUUUAUCAAGGAAAGUUUUGGAAUCUAAAGGUCAAGGAUAUAUUAAGUCAGAUAUACAAACAGAACCGUUGGCUUUAGUGACUAAACCAAUACAAGAUGUUAAAAAUCCUUCAACGCAAGAUGAAAAGUCUUCAUCUCCUGCAAGUACCGAGAAUUCCGCUAUCAUGGCAAAUAAAAGUAGUGAUGGACAAUUGGUUGAGGAAACCGUAAGUGAUGCUGAGCUGAAUACAUCAGAUACUUCCAUGUUGGAUGAUUCGGUCAGUACAGAUUGUUCUAAUUUGUCAACACCAGAUCGAUAUAGCCGGGGCUCUGGUCUCUAUAGGGCGUAUAAGUGUAAGGGAUGUAAAUAUAGCACUCCAAUCAAAACCAACCUGCGACGACAUGCCUCUAUCAACAUUGAAUAUAAACCCUUCCUUUGUAACUUGUGUGGUGGCAAGUUCACCGAUAAAUCUACGCUUAAUUUUCAUAACAAGAAAAGACACAGUGGUUCAGAAAACUUUGAGCAUACUCCAGAAGAUGAGAAGGACAAGGCUUUAGAUACCUAUUUGGAUAUGUGUAUCAAUCUUGAAGGAAAGGUGAAGUCUACUGAAGUAGCACUGAGAAAUCCGUCAAAGUACAAAGACUGCAAUCUGGUAACAUUUGAUAUGUUCAAUCAUUUCAAAAGUACUCCUUCAAAGAAAUUCACAAAGAAGAAGGAAAUUAAUUCUUCCAUAGACGUCGAUGGUGGAAAUAAUUCAGCACAGUCAGUGUCUGACAAGAAAAAGGGUAGAAUUAUGAAAAUGCCCCAAAUGAAGGGACAAGUUUUUGUAACCUACCCUGAUGGAUCCACAGUUGAAGCGGGAAGUGAUGUUAACUUUCCUGAGAGUAGUCCUGCUGAACCAAGAAGAAGAGGACCAGGCAGAAAGAAAAAGAAUGAGCUAGGAUCAUAUCCUGUUGGUUCUAAUACUGAAAACACAUCGCAAAUAAAUACCGGUAAUGUUAGCAUAAAUUCAUCAAUGAUGAAUCAAAGGAGUCAGACUCCCUUGCUAGCUGUUCGUCAUCCAGGGCCUGUUAUGCCUGCUCAGGGAGGCAGCAUUAAUCUCAUCCAGACCUUCGGAGGAAUUGCAAUUCCUGUACCAAUGCAGAUGCCUAUGCAGAUUCCCAUACAAGUACCUGCACAAAUGCCAACUCAACUGUCAUCACAAAUGUCCCUUCAACCGCAGAUGUCGGAUCAACCUCAAAUGACUUCACCAAUAUCGCAGAGCCAACCCUCUGUGAUAGAUUCUAAUCCAACAAGACAAUUGAUUGAGAACGAGGAUAAGAGAAAGAAAGGAAGAACAAAAACCAUACGAGAAAUUUUGAAUUUAGAUAACGGUGUGCGACGACAAAAACUUUCACAUGGUCAAAUUGCAGAAGCGAAAGCAAAAACAGCAGGAGGUGCUAAAUUUUCAUUUGGUCUUAAAUCUGGACGGGGAAGAGGUAGAAGAAGAGGAAGCUCAAGGAGGUUUGACAUAGAGACUGACCAGUCUUCAACAGAUAACUCGGUACCGGAAAGUGAAGUGAGCGGAUCUGAAGGUGAUCCGUCCUGGCCAGAACCAGUAUAUAAAAGAAGGGGCCGUACAGCAACACGGGGCCAUGGCAUAGCUCCCUUGAAACGGAAAUACAUGAGAAUGAAGCUAGUAGGAACAUUGCCAGACCAGUAUGUCAUGAAAUCCAAGAGAGGAUCAGAUAUUUCUGUUAAUUCACAAACUGAAGCGAAGUUUGUGGGGACAAAGAAGAAAAAAACAGAAUCAGAUUUGAAAGAAGAGGGGAAUGCAAGUGCUGAGAUGGAUGUAUCAUCGGAAAAGAAGACUGUGGGACGAAAAAGAAAGAUUGACUGUGUUACCGACCCAGCUACAAGAGGCUUGGAAAAACAGAGGAAAAUGGCCAGUGAAACUGGCAUUCUGACAGAGGAAACUAUCAACAACAGUUUGCUAGCUCUAAAGAGGCGACAGGACAACAUUACUGCCACAAGUACACGUGUAAAAAGGAAGUAUGUGAAACGAGCGAAAAGUCUUACAAUGCCACCUAAAAAGAAUAAAAGCCGUGCAACACCCAAUGAUGAGUCCUCAUUGUUAUCUAUCAGUAGUACAAGCAGUACAUUGGAGGAACAAAGAGAUCUCAAUGAAACAGGAAUGUCUGCAACAGCUGCCCAAAGCCCCGAGAAACGCAAAAGAGGAAGACCAACAUCAUCAAAGAAAACCAAUUUGGGAAAAAUUUAUGUUAGAGGACCAUACAAGAAAAAGCCUAAGAUAGUAGCACAAGAACCUGUUUCUGAUAGUGAACAAAAAACAAUUAUACACUCAGGUUGUGAUAAAUGUCCCUUGGAAGAAGUUUCUGUUGAUGGGAAAAGAAAGAGAGUUAAUGUCAAUCCUGGGAAAGCUAACUGUCUUUGUGAUGGAAGUGAUGGAGGAAAUGUUGAAAUUCCCAAAACACCUGUGAAAAAACCAACUCUUCUGAAGUCUACUAGAAUGACAAACUAUGUAAAGAAGUACAGUCAGAAAUAUUCUAAGCUGGCUAAGGCCAAGUCAAAGGGCAAAGGUCAACAAAUGAUAAAAUGUCCUCUUUGUGAAUACCAGUCCAAAUCCAUAAAUGGAGUCCGGCUUCAUGCCUUCUGGGUACAUAAGAUGUGUAAGUACUCGUGUACAGAAUGUUCAUAUUUCACCCUUAAUAGAUAUGAGGGUCUCGCACACUAUAAGGAGGAACAUCCAGGGAAGACUGUUGCUCUGGUACGCAGUUUCUGUUUGUUAAAAGACUUGGAGGAAGACACGACUCCCGGACAUGAAGGCAAGGUUUUGACAUUGUCACUCCAUGGACAAACAUCACCCUCCAAACAGCCAACUCCAAGUAAGGCUGAUAUCUAUGAUUACAAUGAGACUUCUGAAUCCUCGCCUUCCAAAUCACCUGGAGCACCGGAUAUCACCAAUACAGCAAAGACGCUUGUCACUGAAGACAGGUCUAAGGUAUUGAAAGGUCGCUGCCCAAAGUGUUCGUAUGUGUCAACAGUGCGUGGUGUCGGACAGCAUUUGAUGCUGGCACACGACACUGUAAACUGGGUAUGUAAGGAAUGCAAGUAUAAAUCACACUCAAAAACACUCGCCUUUCAACAUGCACGGCGCAACCACAAAGGCAUGCAGCCGAAGGUUUACAGAAUGGCUAUCUUGGUUAAACCAGAUCCAGAGCUCAAUUUGGAAAUCUUGCCAAAAGCUUCCUCUACACCAAAAUCUUCUAAAGGCAGUAUUGAACCAGAUACCACUCUUUCUGAUCUUUCUCCAACUAUGCCCAAGUUGAAGAAGUUUCCUAAAACUUGGCAAAUGAAACUGGGAUCUAUUAAAGAACAAGAAAACCUACAGCAGCUUAUUGCCAAACGGAAGGGAAAGACAGGAAAAGCAAAGACAUCGGAGACAAUAGCUGAGGAGUCGUCUGCAUCCUACACAUUACACCCAAGGAAAUUGGAGUCCUUGAACGUUGGUUUCAGCUGUGUGUACUGUUACUACGCCGCUCCACUUCGUCACCAGCUACAUCUCCACUGUUACGAUAAACAUACAAAUCACCCAGCAUGUCUCAUGAAAUUUACUAAAGACACCACAGUUUUGGAUUUCCUGGGGGAUUCAGCUCGUGUGAAAGUGGCUGACAAAGGAAAACUGCUGAAAUCUGACAACAUUAAAAGGGAAACAGUUUUGGACAAAGAGCGUGUCCAGAGAAUAAUUAAGUGGAACAAUGACCAAGCUUCAGAGGUCAAAGAUAAAAUUUGUGAGAAAGGUGAGGUAACAAAAAAGGGAGAUAACUGUCUUGACACUAAAAAUCAAAAUGAAGACCUUCCAAUCAAGGAGAUGUCUUUAAAGGAGUGUGGGGUUGUAAAUGACCCACGCUAUGGUGUUCUUUCUGUGAAGCCUCACAAAGUCACACUGUCAAACUUUGUGACAGAUAAUUUGGAGGAUGUGACUGCAAAGACUGCCUGCCCUGCUAGUAGGCAGUUGGCAUCAAACAAAUUAGCUUCCAGCAAACCGUUCUUGAAUCCUCUGACUCCUCUUGUGACCAGUCUAGGGGCAAGCCAGGUCAAACUUCACGACACAUUCCACUCGAGUCUUGAUGACCUUGACACCAUUCUGUCCAACUUUGGUGUCCGAACCCUAAACAUGGACAUGCUUACCAGAAAACAGUUCACCGACUUCAUUCACAGAUUUGGCAAUAGUCUUCAACAAAUGUAAAUAUGAUUAAUAAAUAUUACAUGUGAUUCAUCAGAAAUCCUUCAAAUGUGAUGACGAAAUCUCAAAUUGGAUUAUAGUCAUUUGUACGACGAAUAUUACUGGAAUAGGGCUUGAAAGUUCUUUAAAUGAGUAAUAUUAGAAUCUCAUCUACAUCCACAAGAUGUUUGUUGUUUACUUGUUAAAAGAAAUGUGGGAUUUGUGUAUUUGGUUGUUGACAGAUGGUUAAUAUAUUGAUGUCUUAAAAUUUAAUUUCAAUAAUUUUCUUUUUUUCUUUCAAUGCCUUACGAAAUUAAAAAAAUAAAUAAAAUAAAGUUCUCUCAAUUGAGAAUUAAUGUUACGGACAUCAUAGUAACUUUUUUGUGUGAUUUUUUUAUAUGUUUAAAUGGUUAAUAUAUGUUUAAAAUGGUUCAACCAUGGCAUGGUUUACCUCAAAGAGUGUUUUGGGGCAUCCCGACAUCAUGUUGUUUAUUACCAAAUUCUGGUUAUAUUAAUGUUUACCUUUUAUCUGAAACACUUUAUGUUGUCUGUAUAUUUUAUGUACAUAAGUUUACUUAUAACUCAUCAAAUGACCAGAAUUCCUUUUAUUAUCUUUUGUUAAUGUCAUGUGCCAGAUACAUUUCAAAAUACGCAAUAAAAAAAACCCUGUACAGGUAGAAUCCUGUGGGAAUGAUGACUUUUCAUGUGAUGGCCCUGCAGGAGUUUGUUGUUUAAUGAUCUAGAGGUACAUUGUUCAAAACCUAGUUUUGUAAUAUGCUCUAUCAAAGUCUGAAUCAUUUCAAAGAAAAUUAAUUAAUUUUUGCUGUUAACAUCACAAUUUGCUUAAUAUCAACAUUUCCUCCCCUGAUAAAAAAUGAAGUUUUUAACAAGAAGUAAAGUACCUAUCUGUAAGAAAGAGAAUAACUUUGAUUAUAUUAAUUACUGGUAAUUGAAGAUUUAUCAGAAAAGGUGUCAUUUUCAAAACCGAUGAACUCAUCUGUAAUUACUCUUGAUUAAUAUCUGACUCUUAAAACUUAAAUUAUACCUCUACUUUACCUUUGUGUUGGAAACUUGAGCCCCAAUUCAUCUUUUUUCAGUCCAUGAUCAAUGUCAAAUUAUAAUUAUGACCCUAAAAUUAUAUUUGUCCCCAUUGAAAAUUUCACUUUGGAAUAAAGCUGGUCUAACAGCCAUUUUAUCAUCAGCAAAAAAUUAAAUGCGGCCUACACUUGUCUAGAUUUAUAAUGUAAAUAUUAAGACAGAUCAAAGUGGAGGAUAUUAUGUUAUACACCUGAUGAGUGAUGUGUCCACCUGUAUUAGUUCUAAGAUGUACCAGGAGAUGGCAUCAUUUAGAUCUUGUAUGUUGUCUUUAUGACCUUAUAUACCGGUAUAAUUGUACUUCAUUUCAUGGGAAUAUUUAUUUGUGUCCAUCUUUUUUCUUUCUUUUUUUUCUUUUUUUUUUUCCUUUUAUUUUUCUUUUUUCCUUUAAUGUACAGUAUUUGAAAAAGUUCUUUUCAAUUUUUUUUGAAACAGUUCUUUUCAAUUUGUUUUUAAACAGUUCUUUUCAAUUUUUUUAUACUAUUUUUUCAAUUUAUUGUCAAACCUGCCUUAGUGACCAACUGAAUGAAGCGACUCCCUCUCAUAUGUGACCAUAUUUUCCCCUUCCAUUGUUAUUUACUAUUCUAGUUACCUGACCUUGGAUUACUGGGUAAGAGACUCUCAGUCACUUGUGACAUUUUUUAUUACCUCCCUUGGAAGGUCACUUAUGACAGGUUUGACUGUUCUUUUCAGUUUUGUUGUUUUUCCCAUGUUACAUUUUUUCAAUGUUAUUGUUAGUGUAAUUUCAAGUGCUUGAUUUAGUUUGCCUUUUUUUCUUGGUUAUUAUAUUAACUUAAAAAAAUAAAUUCAAGUUCCUUGCCAUUGUUUGACUUCAAAAGCGCAAUAUUGUUUGUAAUAACAUGCCUAUGGCUAGAACUAUCAGAAAUAUGAAAUAACUUUUUAAGUGUAAGUGUAAUUGUAUGUCAAGUUUUAAAUGAUAAAAUCUUUUUGAAGACUCAAGAGUAUCAUAGAUUGCAGAUUAUUGCCUAAUUGAUAUGUGAAACAUGAACAAACAAACAAAUUAAGGCCAAGAAUAAAAAAUAAAUAAAUAAAUUUUGUAUUUAUAUGAAAAAUAAAUUCCAAAACCUUUCAUAGGAAUGUUGUCCUUAGCUAUGUUUCUGAUGAACAAAUUCCCAUUUUCUGUAUCAACAAUUGCCAAAAAAUCUCUUUAUUUUCAUUUUACAGAUCAAUAGAAUUUAUCUACCAUUUUCCUGUUUUUUUAGGUGACCUAAGACGAAGUCUCAAGUAACCUAUACUAAUCGCCUUUUGACAGUCAUCGUCCGUCAUGCGUCCGUAAACAAUUUACAUUUUCGACUUCUUCUCCAAAACCACUUAACCAAAUUCAAUGCAAUUUGGCAGGAAGCUUCUAUGGCUAAAUGU